GAAUAUAUCUUUCAAUUCAAGUAUCAACAUUCCAACCUUUUAUGUAGAAAAUAAAACUGGACAACAAUUACUCAAUCAACUAGGUACCGUCAAUGAUAAUUCUCGUGGACUCUUUUUUACUCCAGUCACCAAUGGUAUGACACCAGCAGUAACAGCAAAACAGGCCGUUAGGGUAUUACUUGUUCCUUCUAGUACUGGUGCACCAAGUCCUUGGGAAAUAACAUUUUUGAUUAUGACUGUAUUCUUGGCUAUCGGUUUUAUUGCCUCUGUCUGCUUACAUACCUACCUGUGGAGAAAGAAUAGACGAUUACAACGGAUGAUACAGAAUGGAUUAUUACCUCCAACACCUGAUAUGCUUCCUAUGGGAAAACAAUUAUUAAGCGAAACCAAACUAGACCAGUUUCCAAAAAGAACUAUUCAAAAACAAGAUUGUGAUGAUACUACUGAUAGAUCAAAUAACAAGAAGAAAAGGCUCUCUGUAUUUAUCUCCAGAAGCAAUGAUCAACAACCCUCUUCUGCAGCUAUCCCUGAAGAAAUAGAUGUGGAUGAAAAUGCAUGCGUUAUUUGUUUGGAACCUUUGGACAUAGGUCAAGAUGUACGACAGUUACCUUGUCAUCAUGAAUAUCAUUGUCAUUGUAUAGGUAUGUAUGAUGAGGAUUAAAUAGCUUUGUGUGGUAAUAAAACUACUUUUUUUUUCUUAUUAGAUCCAUGGCUGACAUCAAAAUCUGGGGAAUGUCCUUUAUGCAAAUUCGAUUGUGUACGUUAUCUCACUUCAUCUGAAGAUCAAAAGGCUAUGGAAGAGGCUCGUGCUUAUUAUUUGAAUACGGAUGUCAACCUUUUACAUGUAUUUAAACAUUUUUUACAAAAGCGAUUCAGAGCAGCAUUCUCUUUAUCUUCACCAUCACCAACAACAACAACAACAACAGCAGCAACAACAGCAGCAACAACAGCAGCAACAACAGCAGCAACAACAGCAGCAACAACAACA